AUGCAACCGACGCAGUCACAAUCACAAACGCAGUCACCAAUGAUGUCGUCGCAAGUGACAACCGCCAUGCGAACGCCAUCUGGAACGCCAUCCCAAGCAGGGCUAUCGCAAAUUGCCGCGAUUUCCCGUAUGCAGCAGAAAGCGGCACUUCGAAGGGAUUCACCAGAUCGAGUUAGCCUGAGCAAACGACACAUGCAAGAUGGACAGAUGGUCACCUCAGUAAAUUUGACACCAAAGGCGGUGUCCACGUCGAAUAUGCAGUCGAUUGCGCCAUCAGGAGCUGCAGCAAGUGCGAUCACACGACGACGUGAGUGA